UAGAUACUUAUAAAAUAUUGCUUUACAAUUCCUGUUCAAAAUUUACGGAAAAUUUCAUGGACUGUCUUUUGUAUUACAAAAACAAGACCAAGAGAAGUACAAAGAACUGUCUCAAAAAUAUGUUAAUGUAUUUCCUGGAAUAGUUGAUUUUAUGGGUGCAGACAUGUGUGAAUGUUUCGACGAAGCUGUGAAAGCUCUGAGCCCAAAAUCGCUGAUAUACGAUGAAGUUAAAGACUAUACGAAGUAUUUUAAGGCAACUUAUUUGAAGGCCUGCGAGUAUUCUGGUAAAUUCAAGUGUUUAACACACGGGGAUUGUUGGUCGAAUAAUAUGUUGUUCAAAUAUUCGCAAACUGGUAAACUUGAAGACAUCAAACUGAUCGACUUCCAACUUACAAGAGAAAGCUCACCAAUACACGACCUUUCCUAUUUCUUUUAUUGUGGAGCGUCAAAAAACGAUUUUGCCAAUCUGGAAAGUUACCUUAAAAUUUAUCACGAAUCAUUAUCCAACGUGAUGAGGCAAUGCGGUGAAGAUGCGAACAUUUUAUUUCCGUAUAAGGAUCUUGUUAGGGAAUGGAAAGAAAACGCUUUGCUUGGGGUUUUUUGGGGUAUUCAUUUAUGGUACAUAAAAUUAUUACCGAAAGAAGAGUACGAGCAGGUUUUGAAGGGUACCGACAAAAUGACACCUGCAGAAGUGCAGGACUUUUUUAAGCAGCUCAUGCGCAAAACUAUUGCUAGCGAUGCUUACAAGGAAAGAGCCAGUGCUAUAUUAAUUCACGCAUAUGAAUUUGGAGUGAUUACAAAAGGGAAGAUUGUAAGAGAGAACUAAAUACCUAGUUGUUAUUUAAUCAAUUUAUUUAUUAUACAGGGUGUCCCAGCCGAGAGUGACCCAUUUUAAAAGCUUAUAACUUUUAAACCAGGUGAGCUAGCUACUUGCGGUUUGUGCCAUUCGAUUUCUCUUGGUCUGAAAUUUUUUCCAGUAGGUUUCAAAUUUUUUUGAAACUAAUACAGGGCGAGUAAAAAAAAAUCCGUUUUUCAACAUCGAAAUUCUCCACUAUUUCUAAUGGAACAUCCUGUAUAUCACAACGUCAAAAAAAAGAUUAAUGUUUAAGGUUUCCAUGUACCAAUAGACAUCGUCCCUAAAACUUGAAGUUUUAGCCAAAAAAAAAAAAAACAAAAUCGAAAUUUUGGUAUUUUUGCAGACGCAUGCAACUUCAUGUUGUAGGAACUUGAUAUCACUAUGGCAAACAAUUUUGUAACUGUCUAGUUAGAUAUCAAUUAAGUUGAGAUACAUUUUCCAAGAUUUAACGAGUUCCAAAAUAUUUUCUCUGGAACUCAUUAAAUAGAGAUACCCCAACAGUAACAGUUUGGUGUGCAAUCUCUAUUGAGAAAAAAUACAGACCAUUUUCAUUGAUGAACCAACAAUAACAGAAACUGUAUACUGUUCUUUUUCCCAUAGUUGAGACAGGAGGUUAUCUUGAAUGAUAUCUAUUUUCAGCAGGAUGAUGCACCCACCUCAUUAUUCAUUAAUAGCAAGGGAAUCACUAGAUAUGAUAUUUGGGGAAAGACGGAUAAGGAGAGCUGGCCGCUGGCCUAUAGAAUGGACACCUUACUCUCUUGACUUGAGAGUUCUAGACUCUUUUCUCUGGCCUUAUGUCAAGGAAAGAUGCGGCAAUACUUUGCUAAAAUAGCCUGAAAGAUCUUAAGUGGAACAUUUUUAAUGUCAUUGAAGCGAUUCUCCAGGAAAUGUUACACAAUUCAUUCAACCAUUUAUUGAUCUACAAAUGCCUGGAACAGAAUGGCUAACAUAUACAUAUAGGUACCUACAGCUUUUUGUAUAGUUUUAUGCAGUUGUUAUUAACUUUUUAUUAGGCAAACAUAAGGUUUGAAGCUUGAAAAUAGGUGUUUGCAAAAAUACAAAGAUUUCGAAUUCGAUUUUUUACGGCUAAAACUUCAAGUUUUAGGGACGAUGUCUAUUAGUACAUGGAUACCUUAAACAUGAAUCUAUUUUUUGACGUUGCAAUAUACAGGGCGUUCCAUUGAAAAUAGUGGAAAAUUUCGGUGUUGAAAAAUGGAUUUUUUUUUACUCGCCCUGUCUAAGUUUAAAAAAAAAAUGAAACCUACUAGAAAAAACUUUAGACCAAGAGAAAUCGAAUGGCGCAAACCGCAGGUAGCUAGCUCACCUGGUUUAAAAGUUAUAAGCAUUUAAAAUGGGUCACUCUCGGCUGGGACACCCUGUAUUUAUUAUUAUUUUACCAAAAAUAUUAUAAAAAUGUUCGUAACUAAUUGAUAUUUAUUUUUUAUUUUGAUAUUUUCGGCCUUGAUGGUUUCGCGUUAUUUAAUAAUAAAUAAAUACUUUCACGUGGA